CAGUUUUGGCUUGUGACAAACUCCAGCACUACAGGACCCAUGGUUUCACAGUGAAGAGCCACUGCUUUCACAAGUUCUGAAACUACCAGUGAGUCUUCCUUGAAUUGUGGUGUCUGCGAGUCCUUGGUGGAGGUUGCAUAUAUACAUGUUUUCAUGAAGAGAAGUGAGAAGCCAGAAGGUUAUAGACAGAUGAGGCCUAAGACUUUUCCUGCCAGUAACUAUACUGGCAGCAGCCAGCAGAUGCUACAGGAAAUACGAGAGAGCCUCAGGAAUUUACCUAAACCCUCAGAUGCUGCUAAAGCUGAUCACAGCAUGGGCAAAAUGUUAUCUGAAGAUCCUAGACAAGGCCGAAAUCCCCCCAAAUUUGUAACAUAUCAUAAAGUUUUGCAGGAGAUAAGAAACUCACUUCUGCCUUUUGCAAACGAAACAACCUCAGCUGUCAAAGGAACAUCAGAAGUUAAUCGGCAAAUGCUGCAAGACUUACAAGCUGCUGGCUUUGAUGAGGAUAUGGUUAUACAAGCUCUUAGACAAACUAACAACCGUAGUAUAGAAGCUGCCAUUGAAUUUAUAAGUAAAAUGAGCUACCAGGAUCCUCGUCGGGAACAGAUGGUUGCAGCAGCAGCAAGACCUGUAAAUGCAGGUAUGAAACCACCAGCAGGGACUGUACAGCAAUCAGUUAACCGCAAGCAGAGCUGGAAGGGUUCUAAGGAGUCCUUGGUUCCUCAGAGGCAUGGCCCUUCCCUGGGAGAUGGUGUAGUUUAUCGCUCAGAAAGUCCCAGCGCUCAGCCUGAUGUAGGAAGGCCAUUAUCUGGAUCUGGCAUUGCAGCAUUUGCUCAGGCUCAUCCUGGCAACGGACAAAGAGUGAAUCCUCCGCCUCUACCACAGAUAAGGAGUGUCACUCCUCCUCCUCCACCACCUCGAGGACAGACACCCCCUCCAAGGGGAACUACUCCUCCACCUCCUUCCUGGGAACCAAACUCUCAAACAAAGCGUUACUCUGGAAACAUGGAAUAUGUGAUCUCUCGUAUUUCUCCAGUGCCACCAGGAGCGUGGCAGGAUGGUUAUCCACCUCCGCCUAUGAAUCCUCCACCAAUAAAUUCUUCCACGCAGGCUCAGAGAGGCAUGAGUGCUGUCCCCAUUGGCAGGCAACCAAUAAUCAUGCAGAGUUCUGCCAACAGCAAAUUUAGUUUUCCCUCAGGAAGAGCUGGGAUGCAAAACGGCAAUUGUCAGGCAGAAUUCAUCGUUCACCAGAAUGUGGUGUCUGGGAACUCAGUGAGUCGCCAGCCGCCCCCAUACCCCAUGAAUCCAACUAACAGGCAAAGCCCCACAGCACUACAGAUGCAGGCAGGAGGAUCUGCUCCUCCUUCAGCAUACACCAAUGGGAAUCUUCCUCAGGCAAUGAUGGUGCCAAAUAGAAACAGUCACAACAUGGAACUUUAUAAUACAAAUGUAGCUGGAAUACCUGCGUCCUGGUCACAGCCUUCCCCUGUGCAACCGCAGUCAUCACCUGGCAAUGGGCAUGACAUGCCUACAUGGCAACCCAAUGUUCCUGUACGGUCAAAUUCUUUCAACAGCCAUCAUGGAAAUAGGCAGAGUCACUCGAGCAGCUCUCAGCCUUCGGCUACAACAGUAACAGCUAUAACACCAGCUCCCAUUCAGCAACCAGUAAAAAGCAUGCGUGUGUUAAAACCAGAGCUACAGACUGCCUUGGCGCCCACUCACCCUUCCUGGAUGCCACAACCAGUGCAAACUGUUCAGACCAUUCCCUUCGCUGAGAGUCCCUCUACAAAUAUGGCAGUUAUGUCUCCUGUUGCAGAGGCUCCAAAUUACCAGGGUCCCCCACCACCUUAUCCGAAACACUUGUUACACCAGAAUCCCUCUGUCAACCUGUAUGAGACAGGACCCAAGCUCAACAAGGAGGAACCACCUAUUUUAUCCAAGGAGGAUGAGAAUGAAAAGAAUUAUGAAUGUGUUGAUUCAACAGAUAAAGAAAAGAAACAAAUUACAACAUCACCUGUUCCUGUUAGAAAAAACAAGAAGGAUGAAGAAAGAAGAGAGUCUCGCAUUCAAAGCUAUUCCCCUCAAGCCUUUAAAUUCUUCAUGGAGCAGCAUGUGGAGAAUAUACUCAAGUCACAUCAGCAGCGUUUGCAUCGGAAAAAACAACUAGAGAACGAAAUGAUGCGGGUUGGAUUGUCACCAGAGGCCCGAGAUCAAAUGAGGAAAAUGUUAUGCCAGAAGGAGUCUAAUUAUAUUCGGCUAAGAAGAGCUAAAAUGGACAAGUCGAUGUUUGUAAAAAUUAAAACCCUGGGAGUUGGUGCAUUUGGAGAAGUUUGCCUAGCAAGAAAAGUGGAUACUAAUGCUUUAUAUGCAACAAAAACUCUGAGGAAAAAAGAUGUCUUGCUUAGAAAUCAAGUUGCUCAUGUUAAAGCUGAACGGGAUAUCCUUGCAGAAGCUGACAAUGAAUGGGUGGUUCGUCUGUACUAUUCAUUCCAAGAUAAGGACAAUUUGUACUUUGUAAUGGACUACAUUCCAGGAGGUGAUAUGAUGAGUCUCCUUAUUAGAAUGGGUGUCUUUCCAGAAAAUCUGGCACGGUUCUACACAGCAGAACUGACCUGCGCAGUUGAAAGUGUUCAUAAAAUGGGCUUCAUCCACAGAGAUAUUAAACCUGAUAAUAUCUUGAUAGACCGCGAUGGUCAUAUUAAAUUGACUGACUUCGGGCUCUGUACAGGUUUUCGAUGGACCCACGAUUCAAAAUACUAUCAGAGUGGUGAUCAUGCACGUCAAGACAGUAUGGAUUUCAGCAAUGAGUGGGGCGACCCAGCAAAUUGCAGGUGUGGAGAUCGGCUGAAGCCACUUGAACGUAGGGCUGCACGUCAGCAUCAGCGCUGUCUGGCCCAUUCCCUUGUUGGCACACCCAAUUAUAUUGCGCCAGAAGUAUUGUUACGAACAGGUUACACACAGUUGUGUGACUGGUGGAGUGUUGGAGUAAUUCUCUUUGAAAUGUUAGUGGGGCAGCCUCCCUUCCUGGCACAAACACCGCUGGAAACACAAAUGAAGGUUAUCAACUGGCAGACUGCACUUCAUAUUCCACCUCAAGCUAAACUGACUCCAGAGGCCUCUGACCUUAUUAUAAAACUCUGCCGAGGGCCAGAAGAUCGUUUAGGCAAAAAUGGUGCAGAUGAAAUAAAAGCUCAUCCAUUUUUUAAAACAAUUGAUUUUUCAAGCGAUCUACGGCGGCAGUCUGCUUUCUACAUUCCCAAAAUUGCUCAUCCUACAGACACGUCAAACUUUGAUCCAGUUGAUCCAGAUAAAUUGUGGAGUGAUGAUGAUAAGGAAGGCAAUAGAAAUGAUACACUUAAUGGGUGGUACAAAAAUGGAAAACAUCCUGAACAUGCUUUUUAUGAAUUCACCUUCCGAAGGUUUUUUGAUGACAAUGGCUACCCAUAUAACAAUCCAAAGCCCAUUGAGUAUGAGUAUGGUAGCUCCCAAAACUCAGAACAGCAGUCAGAUGAUGAUGAUGAUGAUGAUGAUGAACAGGCAGGUAGAGGAGUUCAAAAUCGUGACCUGGUUUAUGUUUAAUAGAGGAAUAAAGAUUAAAAACUAAAUAAACUUAUUUUGCAGCUGCAGUUUUUGAAAAGUCUCUUAAGAGAAUUGAGGGAAGAUUGUUAGGGUAAAUACAGGAAAGCUUUUUUUCUUUUUUUUUUAAACACUAAAAAAAUUGUGUCUUCUCGUUCGCUCUCUGUACAUUUUGUUUCCCCAGAAUAGAGGGAAAUCGUUCUCAAAUAUUAAUUUAUUCAGCGUUGUUAAUUGUUUAAUUUAGAAGAGAUUUGAUGUUAGGUGAAAAAAAAUAUCACUUGAAUUUUAUUAUUGGUUCUGUGUACUCUAAGUACUCAAAAUAGG